UAAGUUUCCUCUCACAAAAGAACACUAUGGAAUCCAUUCAAAAAUCUAUAAACGACAUGAUGACACUGUUUAACUCAAAAAUGGAGGACUUCCAGUGCAGUUUACAGCAAGCGAAUCCAUCACCUAACAUCACUUCAUUGGCCACGGAUUUUGCUGACUUUAGGAGUUUCAUUGGUGUAACAAUGGCAUCACUGCAGAGACAAGUCGCAUUGCUCUCACAACAGCAGGAGCAAUUUGAAAUGAACUUCCGGCGUAACAUGCUGCUUCUUCAUGGUAUGUCCGAGGGCUCAAAUGAGGAUCUUGUUCCGGAAAUUGUUCAUAUGGCAAAGUCCAAGUUAAAGAUAGCCAAUUUCUCGGAAGCUGAUAUUGCACGUUGCUAUCGCUUGGGACGUUCUGCUGUUGGUCGGAAGCCGAGGCCAAUUCUGAUUGAAUUUCUCAACAUUUCAAGUAAGGAUAAAUUCUGGCGUGCUAAGACGGUACUAAAAGGCUCUGGAUUGACCCUCUCGGAAUACUUGACCAAGAUCAGACACCAGGCAUUCAUGGCAGCUCGUCAACACUUUGGUAUAAAUAAAUGUUGGACGCGUGAUGGUUGCGUGUUGAUUAUCGGGCAUGAUGGUACGAGACAUCGCGUUUACACUAUUGAGGAUGUCAACAGGCUUCGAGGCAACUUGCAAACAGAGGUCCCGAGCGUGAAGCCUGCUGCUGAAGUGGUGCCUGCGGGUGGCAUACCAGCGGCAAAGCCUGCGGUAGUGCCUGCAGCUUCGGCGGUCGUCGGGGGCUCGUCGUCACGUCCGAAACGGGCUGUUAUCAAAAAGUAGUUUCCGUCGCAAUGUAACUUCGGUAACGUUUUUACGAAGUGAUUUGUAAGUAGUUUAAUAACUACCUUCUUAUUUUUUGAUUUUUUUUUUUUUUUUUUAUAAUUUAUAGUUUAAAUGCGGUAGUUGUUGGAAUUUAUGUCAGAUUUG